AUGCAGAAUAGUGUACGCCUAAAACCCUAAAACCCUACACGCACACUCUCGCUCGCUCUCGCUCAGCAGAACCCCAAGUGAGAAGAGGAAGAAAACGAAGGCAACGAUGUCGUCGUCCGGGUUAUCUCGCCUUCUUCUGCGAACAACUGCGCCACUCCAUCAACGCUGCUUCUCCACCAUCGCCACCACAUCGACCACCACUACCGCCGCCACUCUAUUUCGCGUGAAGGAUGCGGUGGAUGACAUCUUCAAGGAGCGCGACUGCAACCGUCUCGUUGAGAAAUUCAAGGAUUGCUCCAAGCACUACCGCUUCAGAUGCAAGCAUAACGUCUAUGACCACGCCGUUCGCCAGCUUGCCGCGGCUCAUCGCUUCUCCGAUAUCGAGGAAAUCCUGGAGGAGCAGAAGAAGCACACCCACCUUGCCAAAGAGGGGUUCUACAUCCGCCUGAUCACCCUCUACGGCCGCGCUGGAAUGCUUGACCAUGCCAUCAAAGUGUUCGAUGAAAUGCCCGGUCUUGGGAGCGACCGAACUGUUAAGUCCAUGAACGCUGUUCUCACCGCCUGUGCAGAGGGAAAGGAUUUCGAUAAGGUGGGCGUGCUGUUUCGAGAGUUGCCGAAGAAAUUGGGGGUUAAACCUGACACUUACUCGUACAACAUACUCGCAAGGGCCUUCUGUGAGGUGGGCAGCGUUGAUCUCGCAUUCUCAUUGCUGGGGGAGAUGAAAAGUAAGGAAAUUAACCCCGAUGUGAUCACGUUCAACACUCUGCUGAAUGGAUUCUAUGGUGGGGAUAGGAGAUCUGAGGCGGAGAAGGUCUGGACGGAGAUGGGAAACUACGGGGUAAAGCCGGACACGUCGAGUUUCAAUGCGAAGAUACGAGGGUUGGUCGCAGAAGGGAAGACUGCGGAGGCUGUUAAGGUAUUAGAGGAAUUGGAAUCUAAGGGCCUGAAACCGGAUUCUCUUAGUUUCAGUCUGUUGGUUAAGGCCCACUGCGAGGAGGGUAAUUUGGAAGAAGCUAAGAAGGUGCUUGAGGAACUGAAGAAGAAAGAUAUGCAGCCAAACCGGCUAGCAUACGAAGCAAUCAUUCCUGCUCUCUGUGCGGCAGAGGAUAUAAAUAGGGCUUCUGAAUUGUGCCUGGAGGUUUUAAAUGGGAACCGCUUCAUCAGCGUAGAGGUUUUGCAGGAUGUAAUUGACAGACUGGUCAACAUCUCGAAAGAUAUGAAGGCGAAGAGACUCGUUGAGCUCGGGUCUGCAAAGAGCUACUACUAUUCAAGCUUGAAGAUGCCAAGUUGAUUCAUUUGCAUAGUUUUCUCGUUCAUUAAUUCAACCUUGAGAAACAAGCUGAUCAGUUAAUCCUCUUGUCUUAUCUUCAAAACGAUGUCUCAUUUUGAUUUUAAAGAUUUUUUAGGCUGCAUUUCCUUUCCUUGUUGUAAAGGUGUGUUCCUUCUGUCACAGCCCAUGGACGACAUCUAUCGGGUUAAUUUUGAUUCUUCAGCUUUUCGUUUCUCAUGCCAAUGCUUGUUACGCCUUAGGCUUAUGUGUUCAACGGUUACUUCUAAAUAUCAGUGUUUUAGACAUACUUCAUACGCUUGUCAGCUAUUUUUGCUGCUUAUGUAUCAGGAAAUGGUUCUUUUUCCACUUUCCAGUGCUCUGUUUUGUCACUAUAAAGUUAAUCUAGUAGUUAAUAUCAGUAUAAAUAAAACUUUGCCUUGACGUAGAGUCUCCCUUUAA